AUGAUGGACAAAACUCAAGGCACAGUCAUCCGAGACAAGAAAUACGAAACAUUCAUUCAAUGGCUGCAAGAAAACGACUUUCCCAAGACAAAGCUGACACUCGCCAACUUUACCAAUACCGGUCGAGGUAUGAUGGCAACGGACGAUAUAGAAGCAGGCGAGGUCAUUGUGUCCGUGCCUCGCAAAUUUUUGAUCACAAAUGAAAGUGUCAUCAAGACGUACGGCUCAAACCAUGCACUCAGCUCACAUCAGUUGCUAGCAUUGCAUCUUGUUGUAUUGAAAAGAGACAAGCAAUCUUGGUGGAAAGCAUAUACAGAUCUUUUACCGAUACAUUUCAAUACCAUGCCAGUCAAAUAUACACAGGUACUCGUAGAUCAUCUGCCUACUGCUCUCAAAGAUGAAGUGCUGCAACAAAAAGAAAACAUCCGCAGCGAUUAUUUGGCCUGCGUUGCUUAUCUGAAGACACAUCCUGAUAUUUUGAAUUCAUUGCAGCCUGAAGAAUACGAAUGGGCAUGGCUUUGUGUCAACACCCGAUGUAUUCACAUGACGAAAAUGGAUCAUACUACAAAGGGUGGCAACAUUGCACUCGCACCCAUGCUCGAUUUCCUCAAUCACACGACAGAAGCAAGAAUUGAAAGUGGAUUCAAUGUGCGAAAUCAGUGUUUCGAAAUCAAAACACUGACACCCUACAAAAAGGGAGAACAAGUGUACAUCAACUAUGGGCCACACGAUAAUUUAGCCAUGCUCAAGGAAUACGGAUUCGUCCUAUCACAAAACUGCUACAAUUUCGUCUUGUUGGAUCAUGAAGUGUGGCAGCUAUUCGAUGAAAUUGAGUCAAAGCGAGGUUUGGAUGUCAAGAAGCAAAUAUUAGAAGGCGCAGGCUAUUCUGGCGAUUACUCUAUCAAGACAGAAGAAAUUUCAUUCAGACUGAUGGCAGCGCUAAGGCUAUUGGCAUUGAACGGUGCUACAGAACCGGGAUUUGAUAGGCGGGUGAUGGAAUGGCACGAUGUGGUAAUGGGGCAAACAGAUAUCAUUAGCACGGAAAAUGAAAGAAAGGCACUGAUCAUGUUGCAAUCCAUCUGCAACAAGGUAGCCAAGCAAGCCGAAAAAGAAAUUACUACAUUAUCGCACAUCACAGAAAAGCAUCCUGAGGCAGAAUUUCAUCCUUUUGCAUUGUAUUUCCUUCGACAGAUUUGGAACGAAUCCAGCGAAAUUAUCACAAAAACAUUAAUCAGCGUGGCAGAGAAAUUAACUGCAUUGUAA